UAAUGGUAGAAGCACCAACACUAUUUACCAAUCCAAUAAAGACUUUAUAUUUGUUUACUAUAGUCCUAUUUAAUUAUGCAAAAGAUGCAAUUAAAUAUUUAAGUAAAUUUUGGCACAUUAUUGGAUUUUUGACUUUAAUAAUCAUAGCACCUAGAUUUGUGGAAGGAGAACAUUCAGAAGUAUAAUCUAAAUAUAAAUGUUGUUUAGUUGGUAAGAUAGGGUGAUGAGAUUGCAUAUUUUAUGUUAUAUUGGCUUGUAUUGGGAAUUAUGUCAUCUGUGGGUUUAGGAACUGGUUUACAUACAUUCGUAUUGUAUUUGGGUCCUCACAUUGCUAAAACAACAAUUUAAGCAUAUGAAUGCAAUGCAUUACCUUUAUUUGUGCCAUCUAAGUAUGCCACAUAAUAUGUGGAAUGUCCAAAAGAAGCAACAGGAAUUACAAUAUUUGAUAUUAUAAAGUAGGUAUACUUUGAGACUGUUCUUUUUGGAAUUGGUACAGCAAUAGGUGAAUUACCACCUUAUUUUGUUGCUAGAGCUGCUGCUUUAGCCAAUAAGAAAUUAGAAGAAUUAGAAGAAGUCUUAGAAAAGAAAGAUGAAAGUAAUUGUCUCAUUUUAUCUAUCAUUUUAGAUUCUUUUAUGUAAAGAAUGAAGUUGCUCAUUUAUAAUAAAUUAUAGAAAAAUGCAUUCCUAACUGUUAUGUUGUGUGCAUCUAUUCCAAAUCCCUUAUUCGAUUUAGCAGGUAUUACAUGUGGUCAUUUUCUGAUUUCUUUCUGGACUUUCUUUGGAGCCACUGUCUUGGGUAAGGCAUUCAUCAAAAUGCACAUUCAGGUAUGUAUAAUUUUGACAUGCUCUCAUAGUUGCCAAUGACUGUGUUUGUCUUCUCAUAAGAACCAGUCAAGGCUUUACUCAACUUGAUCCAAAAAUAUAUUCCCUUUAUAUAUUAAUUUUUAAGUGAUUUACUUGAUAAGUAAAGAAAAUAACUAAGAGAUCCUUCUCUUUUCAAAGAAGGUACUAAACCAUUGUUAGCUUAAUUAUGGGAUUAUUUCAUUAUUCUAAUGAUAGGAUUCUUUAUGAUUUCCAUUGUUAAUAGUUUGGUAGCUCAAUAUGUAACUGAGUAAGAGUAAGAGAAAAAGAAGAGCAAACAACAUCAUCAUCAUAGUAAUAAACAUCAUACAGGUGAUCACAAGACCAGUAAAAAAGCAAAAAGCUCUUGAA